AUGGCUGACUUCGCCGAGCCCGCUUACAACACCACCCUCGGCGCGCUCGCCGUGCCGUCCGUCCAGGCCGUCCCGGCACGCGACUUGCAGGACUUCUGGACGUUCAAAAACUCUCUUCCGCUCCUGGCCUGCGCUCUCUUCUUCACGUGUUCCUUCACCCAUCUCUGCAUCAUCCUCAUCACUAAGAGGUUUUACAUGUUACCCUUGGCUGCCGGCUGUCUCCUUGGAAUCAUCGGCGAGAUAUUCAAAAUAAUCUGUGUCAUUUCGUCUUCGCCCUCCCAGGCCUUGAAUUACUACGUCCUAUAUUCGCUAGUCACCGACUUGGCCCCAUGUCUAUUCCUGACAAGUGUUGGAUGGAUGGUCCGGCGGAUGAUAGAGGGCAGCGCGACGCCGGCGUGCCGGUAUCCCUGGCCGGCAAGGAUAGUUUCGCAGCAGAUCAUCACGCUCGAGAUCUGUGCGUUCUCGCUGCAGUCGUACGGCCUGCUCGUGCAGGCGAACCCGCUGCUGUCCCGCUACUGGGCGCUCGCCAACCUGGUCACCGUGCUCGGCUCGGCCGUCGAGAUCCUCAACGUUCUGGCCGUCUGGCUCUCGCUCCUCAUCGUCACCCGCCGUCGUCCCGCGCUCUCGAUCAGCUCCUUCGCUUCUUCCGCCGGCCAUCACCAACAGUCCUCCACGAACUUCUCCGCGUUCGCCAAGCUGAUUGCGGCCUCCGUCGGCUUCGUCUUCAUCCGCACCCUCUCUAGACUGGCCUUGCAUGUCAAGAACGCUCAGCUCGAGCCGUUCAAGAACGAACUCCUGAUUUUCUUGCUGGAAGGGCUUCCGCUCUCUCUCUGUGCGCUAUUCCUGGUCGUCUUCCAUCCCUGCCGAUUCGACGGAGGGAUCCGAGACCAGACGCCGUCAUUUUUCUCGCCGGAGGUGGCGAUCAUCGGUGGGCCGACGGGGCCCACCAGAGGGGGAGAGAUGGAGGAGCAGCAGUCUCGCCAGACGGCCCUCGUCGACCCGCUCAAGCACGCCUCCGACUUCCACGACGAGAUGGGGCCCUUCUGGACCGUGCCCCUGUCCCCGCAGCAGCACCAGCCCGGCCUGCAGACGGGCAUGUCGAAGCGGCCCUCGGCGCACGUCCGGCUGGUCGAGCCCGAGGGCGCCUGGCAUCCUCGUCCGCCCGCCAUUCCAGCCCAUCGGCGGAGCGUCUCCGAGUCGAAGUCCUUCGAGCCGACGAGCACUGCCGUCGAGGCUCGUCGCUCCGAGCUCGACAUCACGCGCUGCCGCCAGCCGAGCCAGGUCGAAGAAGAACUCCGCUCGCCCGCGGCUCAGACCGACGGCCGGCAUAUCCGUAGGCGGACGCACUCGGCAGUCUCGUUGGAUAAAAACCCGCUCGGCAUCGCCGAGUUUCAUGCUGAUCACGAGAAGAGCCCUCGCAGGAGUCCGUACAGCAUUUCCUCCUACUACGAUGGAGCAUCCAAAAACCUUGCUAAGGACUGGGCGGAUGAGAUUUUCAGUAAGAACGUCGAGAGUCAGUUUGGGGCCUGGGAUGAGGAGAGUGUGUAUUCUACAGAGGAAACAGGGAAAUGA